AUGAACUCUUCACUUGGAAUUACAGAUAUGUCGGGUAAAGACUACUACGUUAGAUUUGCCAGAGCAGUAAACGAUUAUCAGAUCGAUUCAAUUGAUGGAGAUCAAGCCGGAGACCCUUUUGAGAUUGCCCAAGAGUUCAGAAGCAUCGCAGGAGAAUGUGCAUUGACAGAGCUGAGAUCAGGGAACAUUAAAGCUGGGAAAGACUGGGAGUUAGAGGCCAAUUAUUGGAGUUUGUUUAGGCAAUUAAUAAAAUUUAGGUAUUCAGAUAAACAUCAACAACAAUCGCAAGUCAACUGCAGCACGCGAGCAGCGUAUGAAAAAGAACUUUUGCAGAACAAUAAUGACUUUUAUGAAUUAUGGAUAAUUAUGGUAUGGCUACAAGAUAAUCUACAAACUGUGGAAAGGCCGGAGAACUUGCCAACUAAGAAAUGGAAUCAUACGUUAUUGAAACAAGGCCUCCAGAGUCAAGAUGUCGACUAUCCCUUGAGAGAUAGCAGUGUAAUUCUUGAUGAAAAGGAUAGAGAACAGGAUCGCGUUAUAUUUAAGUAUAUUUUUCAAUUACUUUUGAGGGGUAAGAUUGAGGAAGCCCUCAAUGAGUGUGAAUUGUCAGGUAAUUUAACUUUAAGCAUGAUAAUUUGCGGUUUGCAAGAAUAUGUUAAUCCAGAAAUUGAUUUCCAUCUCAAAAAUGAGUUUGACUUUCAGCAGGGAAUUAAAAAACAUUCCCUAUGGAGAAGAACAGUUUAUGGUAUAUCUCAAAAUUCCAAAUUAGACCUUUACGAGAGGGCUAUAUAUAGCUUACUAGCUGGUGUAAGUCCAAGUGAGGAAGUGAUGAGCAUAUGUAACUGGGAGGAAUUAUUGAUCUUCUUUAUCAAUCAGAAGCUUCAAACUGAUAUUGAAAAUGAGAUGAUAAGAGCAGGUUUUGUCACUGAUGAAGAAAUACAGUUAUAUAUACCAUCUUCGACCGAGUCGCUAUCAUCAAUACUGAAUGAUUUAUCCAAUUUAAAACCAGAAGAAAGUUCACAUCCAUUAAGAACUUUGAUUGCGUCAAUUAUCUUAGGUACUACAGAUUCUAUUGUUCAUUCCUCGGUAUUGCAAUUGUUUGACGCCAUAAAAAACUCUGAGCAGGAAAACGAAAUUUUCAACGAGCCAUACCUAUUACGAGUUAUGACACAUACUGCUAUUAUGUUCAAAAUUAUUGAUAGACAUGCCUUGAAUGAGACAGACACCUCAAAACUCAUAACAUCCUACAUCACCAUACUAAAAUUCUAUGAAUUAUUUGACUGCAUACCAGCUUAUAUGACUCUAUUGUCAGCUGAGGAGACUAUUGAAGCGUAUUCUUUUGUGCUUUCUACUAUAGAAGAAAGUUCUGAAAAAAGAAAGCAAAUAGAAUUAAUGAGUGUGCUCCAUUUACCCUGUUCUGAAAUCAUAAAGAAGAUAACACAGAGGGUAUUUGAUGAUACUGAGCAGCAAUAUCAACCAACUCAAGUAAUGUCAGUUUGUUUUGAAACUACUAAGAUUGACUUACAUCUGAUUAAUUCCGUUGAAUGGUUAUUGGAAGGUAAACUCUAUGUGGAUGCAAUGAACUCGAUACUUGCAUUGGCUAGAAGAUUUCUACUGAACGGUAAGGUAAAGUCUUUAGAACUGUUCUUUGAAAGAAACGAUCUAACAACUGUCAUAAAUCAAAUUGAAAUUGCAAUUGCAGUUGGAAAACAACCAAUCAAUUCAUCAACACGAAAAGAGCUUUCUCAAUAUGAGAAUCUGAUUCAGGGUUUUGUCGAGUACGAAAACUGGCAAAAAUCGGUCAACCAACUGAAUUCAGAAUCCAACAUACCAUCGCUAAUUGAAAAAUUUCAAGGAUUUUCGAAUGACAUUAACAUUUUGAUCAAAGAUUUCUUGGUUGAGUUGUGUGAAGAUGAAAAAUCCGAAAAUACGGCCAUACUGUAUGAGAUUCGUGCACUAUAUAUACCCUAUUUGAUAAUAGAAUUGCAUAAAAAGCUCGUUGAAGCUAGUGAACUUUUAAAGAUUCCUAAGUUUAUUUCACGAGCUCUUGAAUUGACUAAUUUUGUGGCAAAUGAAUCGGAAAGAAUAUAUGUUUUAUUCCAAGAAAGUGGGAAACUAAAAGAAUACCUAGAUCUUGUGGCGAAAACUGCUAUUUUGGCAGAGGAUAUUAAAUAG